AUGGAGGACACGACGUCCCAAGACGCGGCGGCGGCCGCCGCGGAGCAGGAGAGGCAGAGGCCUCCCUCGGCGCUGGCCUUGAGAAGCCUCGCUGACUACGCCACUGGGGCUAUCCCAACCCUCUUCUACGUCCCCAACUUCAUCUCCCACUCCGAGCAAUCCCAGCUCCUCCACAAUAUUUACCAGGCACCGGCGCCCAAGUGGAAAACCCUCAAGAACCGGAGGCUACAGAACUGGGGAGGAGUGGUGCAUGAGAAGGGGCUCCUGCCGCAGACCCUACCUUCAUGGCUAACAAGGAUAACCGACAGAAUCUGCCAGUGGACGGGUUUAUUUCCUUCUGCAAUCAAUCAUGUGCUGAUAAAUGAGUAUCAUCCUAAUCAAGGGAUCAUGCCACACCAAGAUGGUCCUGCCUACUACCCUGUUGUUGCUAUCAUAUCUCUUGCUUCACCUGUUGUGAUUGAUUUCACACCCCAUCAAAGGCUUAAAGAGCAGCAGGACACUGAUCCACAGGACUUACAUGCCCAUGGGUUGCCGGCGCCAGCUGAGACGGAGAGCAAUGGCUCUGGCUCACAUGAACGUGGAGCCACAAAUGAAUCUGAUCCUUCAUCUUCAUCACUUAUGCUGAUGCCCUGCAGCCUGUUGGUAUUUAAGGAUCAGGCUUAUACAGACUACUUGCAUGGCAUACAAGAUAAUGAGCUACAUAAUCUGGACAAGGUCGAGAAUGUGUCGCAGUGCCCAGAACUGAAGCAUCUACAUUCGGACUCUAUCCUGGGGAGCAUGAGCAUGGAUGAGCAGCGUGGCACGUUCCUUCAACAGCGCCUGCUUAAACCUCAACCUCAGCCACCCAAGGGCAUACCGGACAGUAAGCCGGCUAGCCGCCCCUCUCAUUCCGUCGUCUUCCGGACGUACGGAUCCGUUUCGUCCCCAAGUCUUCUGCAGCUGCUACUACUGAUGCUGGUCUCCGUCGCUAUGGUCCAGGUCGUGUGA